AUUGACCCAUGGAUUCUAUAUAAAGUAAAUUAUCUACUUAGUUUUAGUUGAGUUUUAAACACGUGUGUGUGCAAAAUGAAAUAUUUGAUUAUUUUUAUCACAAUAUUAGUGGCAAGUUUUACAUCAGGAUCACCACAACGUUUUUAUCCGCCAUAUUGGGGGAGGCCACCACCACCACCAUAUCCUUAUCGACCUCCUCCGCCGCCUCCACCACCAUACCAUCAUCACCAUCAUCAUCAUGGAUAUUACCCUGGGUAUCCAAUAGGUGGAGCCGGAAUCGGUAUUGGUAUAGGUAUUGGAGUGGGUGCAGUCGGACGAUAAUGUUGUUAAUAUAUAUUUAUAUUUAAUGUUUUGAUACAAUUUCUGUAAUAAUAAAACAAAAAAUUUGUUCAAAUAAAAUAAUAAAAUAUCCACAAUAUUACUAUUACUUUUUAUAUAAUAAUAUUUUUAAAUUUUAUUUAAUAAUAUUAAAGUUAUUUGGAUUAGAUUUGUUUUAAUUGUUUAAGAUGACAAAUAUGAUUUAAAUAGGACAACUUUCUCGUUCGACUAUUUAAAUAUUAGAAAGCUAUGACAGUUGACUAUCAGUCCAAAAAACAUCAAACAAUAUCUUUUAAAAAACUACUAUAGAAACGAUUUAGUGUCAAAAAUUAAUGCAGUCAUAAUCAUUACUGUCUUGCAUUAUGAUUAAUAACUACAUUGAGCCUCAUGAGGACUACGAAGAGCCGGUCCCUCCAAAUGCGGUUCAAGAGUUUACGCACGCCAAAUCUUUCUUACAAAAGUCGAGUACUGUAUCUGGAGAUAACCUGUACGACCAUUUGACCGAUGUCCUCAAUAAGAUUUUGGCCGAACGUCCAGAAAAUGUUAUCGAUUUCUUCGAGGAAUACAGCAGGAAGGUGAAGGAACGAAGAUACAAUCCGCUAAAUGAUCACAUAGAAGAUAUUUAUGUGCCACCAAGGCGAUAUUCACAAGCAAAUUUGCUUAUGCCCAUACUUAAACCCCUCACUCCAGGUGAACCAUCGACUGUCGCUCCGGAGGACCUGGAAUUAGCAGAUAUGUUAAAGAAUAACAUGUCUCAACUACUUUACUACUUUGAGCAGACUGGCGUUGGAUUGCCUAAAGCUGAAAUGUUUUAUCUUACUCUCUCAAUGAGAAAAUUGAUUCAUACUCAACCUAUUAGUUCCAUUAGAUUUUGGGGUGUUAUCCACGGAGUGUUCAAAAAUUACUAUGUUGUUGAGACAGAAUUAAAAGCAGAGGAAUAUAUCAUUAAAAAUGAACAGUUGAUUGAAGACGAAAGAGUGUGGAUGGCAUCCAGAGCUACAGCUCAAGAUGAUCCAAACUGGGAAACAGAUCCAGUUGUCAAGGCUUUGAACAUUUUGGCCCAACAGUUGGCAGGUGAAGAUUAUUUCAGAUAUCCUAGAGUACUUCCUCCAAUGCCGGUGAAUUUGUACAAACCUCCUGCAGAACCUCCAUUCGAACCUUAUGGAGUUGGGGUCAACAGAAAGGUAUAUUUUGUAUGUAACGAAUUGGGAGAAGAUUGGAUUGAGUUGCCGUAUUGUAUUCCGAAGCAAAUAAGAGUUGCUAGACAAAUAUGUAAAAGCUUUAGCGGAUACUUGGACCGCGAAGUGCUGACAUAUCCGGAAUUUCCGGGAAAUGAGAGGCACUACUUGAGAGCUCAAAUCGCUAGAAUAUCAGCUGGUACGGAUGUUUCUCCACUGGGUUACUUCACUUUUGCCGUUGGUGGAGGCGGUGAAGACGAAGAGGAAGAAGAAGGAGAAGGCGGCGGUCCAAAAACAACCUAUUCAGUUAAUCCCAAAUAUGAUCCUCCGCCACUUAAGGACAUGGUCGACGGCUCGAUGUCAUUCUGGGUGCAUCACACAGCCUACAUUCUUCCUCAGGGGCGUACCUCAUGGUGGAACCCGGAUCCAUUGCCGCCCCAAGGCGAGGACAUUGGCGAAGGUGAAGAGGACGCUGGUGAAAAGCGUAUCGGGCCGGAACCGGAGACCGGACCGCCGUUGCUAACACCUUGUUCGGAGGACGCGGCGUUGGAAGCAGUACCUGCUUGGUCUGUCAGAUCGUCGUCGGGAAUCGCUGAAGAGUUUGCAGUAGGAGUGGUGAGAUCCAACUUGUGGCCUGGAGCCUACACUUUUGCUACGCAAGAUAAACUGUUUAGAAAUGUGUACUUGGGUUUCGGACUGAAAUAUAAGGAACACAACUUUUCUCCUUUACCUUUACCUCCGGUACAACAAGAGUAUCCAAUUGGGCCCGAGAUUAUGGAGGUGACCGACCCAACUGGCGCUCAAGAAGAAGAAUGGCGCAUCGCACAUCUUCCCAAGCCUCCACCAGAGCCAAAGGCUGGAGGCGAAUUUGGUGAGGAACCUGAAGAGGAGGAAGACGAGGACGAGGAAGAUGAAUAGAUUUAGUUUUUCAAUUGUUAUUAAGGGGUUUUCCUUUUCAAAAUUAGUUUAUAGUAUUACGCUACAUAUCAAUGAUAUCGGAUUAUAAGAUAAUGUUUUAACACAUUCAUGUUAUUAUACUUGCAGUAUAUUAUUAUAUUAUGUAAAAAAAGAAAACCCCCCAAACUUUAUUGAGAUAAUUCUUGUUUCGAUAUUUACAUAAAUACUUUAGUGAAA